AUGGAUCCAUGUUCUCAUCCCAUCGACUUCUGGAAAAUAUCUGUUCAUGGGUUACCAUUUGCAACCGUUGAGGCGGAAGAGAUAUCUGGUUCACAGCCUGCUGAAGGGAAAUGGAAGAAAACUGCUAGAUGGAACACAAUUUUGGAUCCUUUAAAUGGGGAACCAUUCAUUAAAGUUUGUGAAGUAGAUGAAACAGGAAUUCAGCCGUUUGUUGAGAGCUUGUCCAAGUGCCCGAAACAUGGCCUUCACAAUCCAUUCAAAGCACCAGAGAGGUAUCUUAUGUUUGGGGACAUAUCUGCAAAGGCAGCUCACAUGCUUUCGUUGCCAAAGGUUUCUGAUUUCUUCACAAGAUUAAUACAAAGGGUUGCUCCAAAGAGUUACCAGCAGGCUUCUGGUGAAGUUUAUGUUACUCAAAAAUUUCUGGAGAAUUUUGCCGGUGAUCAGGUCCGCUUCUUAGCAAGGUCUUUUGGGGUUCCUGGAAAUCAUCUUGGACAGCAAAGCCAUGGUUUUCGUUGGCCUUAUGGUCCUGUGGCAAUUGUUACUCCCUUUAAUUUUCCUCUAGAAAUUCCUGUACUUCAGUUGAUGGGUGCACUUUAUAUGGGUAACAAGCCAAUCCUCAAAGUGGAUAGCAAGGUAAGCAUUGUUAUGGAGCAAAUGAUGAGGCUGCUUCAUUACUGUGGGUUACCAAUAGAGGAUGUUGAGUUCAUCAAUUCGGAUGGGAAGACAAUGAACAAGCUACUAUUGGAGGUUGGUUCAAAGUACAAUAUUAAAGCCAAUACACGAAUGACCCUCUUCACUGGUAGCUCAAGAGUGGCAGAAAAAUUAGCUCUAGACUUGAAGGGUCGUGUUAAGUUGGAAGAUGCAGGAUUUGACUGGAAGAUCUUAGGGCCUGAUGUUCAGGAGGAAGACUAUGUUGCAUGGGUCUGUGAUCAGGAUGCAUAUGCAUGCAGUGGUCAGAAGUGCUCUGCACAAUCGAUGCUCUUCAUACACGAGAAUUGGAAGUCAGUCAAGGGUGGUGCAGGCAACUGGUCUAAGACUUCACUUCUAUCCAAAAUGAAAGAUCUGGCUGAGAGAAGGAACUUAGAAGAUUUAACCAUUGGCCCUGUCCUUACAGUCACAACUGAAACAAUGCUAGAACACAAGAAUAAAUUGCUUCAGAUAUCAGGUUCAAAGCUACUCUUUGGGGGUGAACCCUUAAAGAACCAUUCCAUUCCACCCAUAUAUGGUGCCAUAGAACCUACAGCCAUUUAUGUUCCACUUGAAGAAAUACUGAAGGGAAAUAAUUUUGACCUUGUGACAAGAGAAAUUUUUGGGCCAUUUCAGGAAGUUAUUGGGAACUCGGUAAACGGGACUACUUAUGCUGGACUGAGAGCAAGAACAACUGGAGCUCCACAGAAUCACUGGUUUGGACCAGCUGGAGACCCAAGGGGAGCUGGCAUUGGGACCCCAGAAGCAAUAAAGCUCGUCUGGUCAUGCCAUAGAGAAAUCAUCUAUGAUGUUGGUCCACUUCCAAAGCAGUGGGAAAUUCCACCUUCUACUUAG